AUGAGAGGGUCUGAGGAUUGCUGUAAUGACAACGAUGCCCAAUCUUUCGAUUUUGGAAACCCCCAGAUCAUUGCCACAGCUGGCAAGACUGUUGCGCAAGCCACGAGUGUACCGGAAGCAGACAACGAUCAGACAACGACAUCGUCGCAGCCCACGCAAGUAACGGUACAAGAUGUAUCACAGGCAACGCAAAGCCAGCAGCAGGAUGUCUCUUCUUCGGCAACGGAGGCGUCAUCCACGGGGUCGUCAGACGAGCCAGAAGCAACAGACGGAUCAGUCAGCACGAAGGCAGGUACUUCAGGCGACAGCACCGCAAAGGCGGCAGCUACACAAGCUUCACAAUCAGAUGCGACAGGAACAAUAGCACGUACUGCGUCGCAAUCCGACUCCGCAAACACUGCGUCUCCUGUCACAGGCUCUGGGUCGGACCCAGACGCUACAGACACAGCCAACAAUUCCAACAACAACAACAACAAUGGCAGCAAUAAUCAUACCGUCGCAAUAGCCGCUGGUGUAGGUGUUGGCGUUGGCGUCGUCGUCUUUCUCCUUUGCAUCGCUGCUUGCUGGCACAUACGACGCAAACGGCAACGGCCGGGCCUGCGCUCAAGGAACCUUUUCGAGAUUGGAGAGUCAUCGACGCCGGCUAUGGAAGUUGCAGAUGACAACAACAACAGUGGGGCACGGCUCGGCGAAAAGGGGAGGGGGAGCAAUAUAUAUGAGCUUGAUGGUGGUGCGGGGGGAGCAGAGCUGCCGGCAGGGAAUGAGGCGAAGGAGGUCCAUGGGGAGAGUGCAGACAGUAAAAAGUGGCCGGAUAUGCCUAGGUAG